CUAUCACUCGCCAAUAUGUAGAGUAGUGCGGUAUUUAACAACAAACCGUUGAUACACGUGCCCACUUUCUGACCGGCGGGCCGGCUGAACGCAUUCGAAUCUCACGUUCUAAAAUUAAAAAGGUUUCCUUGCUGCGCUUGCGUGAAGGCUUUCAUCGCAACGGAUAUGUGGACAGGCGGCUGUGGAGUCAAGAUGCGGUGUUGAAGAAGUGUAGUGACCAUAGACUAUAGUGUGGGUUGAUGGUGUGUGAUUAUAAACUUCUUGGACUUCGUGAAUUAAAAAGCGAGUGUGCGCCAAAAUGCUGGUUUACAAGGUCGCGCCAGUUUUCCUUUUCAUCAUCGUCGUGGGAGCCGAGAAGAAAAUUGAAUUGCAAGACAUCGAGGAGGAUAAUUUGAAGAGUGAAAAGGAAAAAGAGCUAGAGAAGUCUGAGGCGCGAACGCAAACUUCGGCAGGUCAGGGGCUGCUUCCGUUCGAGUUCCUCAAAAAUGGUUUCCUUCGAUACUUCGAGAAUCCUACUCACUCGCAAGCCGCUCCGCAACAACAGCGUUACGUUUCGCAGUACGCUGUUACUGAACCUCCAGAGAGUCCGCCACCAUCAGUACAACCCAAAGUACAAUACGGCCCGCCAGCCGCACAACAAGCCAUGGUCGGGUAUUUAUCCAACGUUCCAAUGCAGAUCUAUUUAGUGCCACAAUAUUUUAAUGAUCAACACGAGCAGACUGCGAGCGCCCAGCAGCAACAGUACUUGAACGCAGCUCGUUUAACGGGCUAUGCAUCGGCGCCUGAAGCAGUACAAUCACAAACAAAUUACGUAGAAGUUCCAAGUUACGUCGCUCCGACUGGGAAGACAUAUGUGCAGCAGUAUACAUCACCUGUCGCCUAUGUCUAUACGCAACCGACCGUUGCCCCAGCGACGGUCGCUCCAGUUGUUACUUACCAAGUUCCUGUAAUGCAGUAUCCCACAGCAAUAGCUGCGCCACCAGUUGUAAACAAGGCCUACUAUCAAACAUCGCAAUUCGAAGGGAACACCGUUGAAGAACAAGAAAAUGAAGAAGUUAAAUACACAAGUGCGACUGAAGUGCCUUAUACAAAGGCCACUCCUGAGUUUCCUAGGUAUUACUCAUCACAGGCUCCUAUCAGAGAGCAGUACAGACCAGGCACAGUAUCUGAGUUACCACCACCGAAUCCAUUAAUCUUAAAACCACAGCCAUCUCAUUUAGCGCAUUUACCUAAAGCUCUUCCAUUUUAUCGACCGCUCACGAAGUCUGUUUAUUCUGGAAGUCAUUUAGCUUCUGCUUACUCAUCACGACCGUUCGAGGCUUAUGGGCCACCUUACAAGAGGCGUCCCACAUCACUUCUAGACUCAUACAUACCAUCGGGUGUUCAGUUAGAAUAUAUGAAGAGAGGUUUCACCAAAGAUCCUCUGCUGGCCUAUGAGGAAUUGUCUAAUGGGAGACAUUUAGCUCAGUCCCCAUCCUCACUUUCCUCGGUAGCUCAUUCCCAUUCUUCUAUUACCCACUCUCCCGUUAUUCCCAGACAUUAUGAAAGGGGCUUCCUUCCGAAUCAAAUGUAUCACACGGCUGCGGGAGGGGUCACUUUUGGACACUACAAAAGAACACCGAAAAUUGAAAAUAAGGCUUCCAAAAAUUAACCCACUCGAGUCAAUAUUUAACUUCUUAGAAUAGAUGUCAUCUUUAUUUUGACGGUCUUAAAGAUCGCAAUGGACUUAUGUUAAGGUUUUAAUGUAAUAUAAGUAACUGUUAGUUUAAGAACGACAUUUAAUUUUUUAUGAGGCUAACUUAACUUAAAAAGUGCUAAUCUGA